AAGAUCCAGGCUCCUCCCUCCGGCUCCGGCGGCGCCGGGACCGGGAAAGAAGACCCGAAGGAGACUGCACGGCCGGGAGUCGGGAGAGCGCGCUGAGCCCCCGGCCCGCCUCGGCUCCGGCCUCCGGGCUCCGAGUCCGGUGUCGCCGACCUGGCGCUGACGGUGCCCCGGGCGGCGGGCCGGAGCGGUGCCCGCCGGCCGGCGGGAUGCGGCCGGGCCGCGGCCUGAGCGCCCCCGAUGGCCCGCGGCGGCGCGGACUGCGCCAGGGACGCGCGGCUGCUGCGGGGCCGGGACGCGGUGCGGCCGGAGCCCGCGCUGCUGGCGCCCGCCGUGCUGCUGGGCGCCGCGCUCGGCCUGAGCCUCGGCCUCUGGCUGGGCUGCCGCGCGCGCUCGCGGCCCCGGCACCAGGUAGACGACGCCCAGAGUCUGCUCAGGAGCCUGGAGUCUAGGGCCCAGACCCCAACCGAGGCCGGCUCCCCGCCCAGGAGGAGGAAGAGAGGUGCGCGGGCCUCCAAGGAUGCGGAGGCUCUGGACGAGCGCGAGCCGUCCGUCAGCAGCAACGUCACGGCGUUCGCACUGAAGGCGAAGGUCGUCUACCCCAUCAACCAGAAGUUCCGGCCUCUGGCCGACGGCUCCUCCAACCCCUCGCUGCACGAAAACUUGAAGCAGGUGGUUUUGCCCAACCAGCCGGCCGAGGCGUCGCCCUGCAGCAGCCUGGGCAGCCUGAGCCAGGCCGAGAAGGAGGAGUGCAGCUCCUCAUCCAGCAUCCACUCGGCCGCCAGUGACGACCGGUUCCUCGGCCGCACCUUCCUCCGCGUCCACAGCUUCCCCGAGGCCCUGACCUGCGAGAGUGCCGACCUCGACCUGUGCAUCUAUAACCUCCACCUGAAAGAUCUGCUCCAGCUGGACGCGGCACUGAGGCAGGACCGGCACUUGAUGUUUAUUCAGAUUUUUAAAAUGUGCCUCCUUGACCUCCUUCCGAGAAAGAAGCCUGAUGACGAAUUCUACCAGAAGAUUCUUUCAAAACAAGAAAAUGAUUUGGAGGAAUUGGAAAAGGGACUCGGGGGCAGGCUGUCAGACACGGAGGCGCUGGGCGCCGGCGAGUCCCAGUACGCCACGCUGGGCGACGUGGAGAAGAAGGAGAGGGAGUACGCGGAGCUGCUGAUCGAGAACAUGGACGCCUUCUGGAGGCAGCUGGAGGGCGUCCAGCGCUGCCUCGUGGACCAGUUCAAGUGCCCCAGCGCCCGAGCGCGCCAGCUGGGGGCGGCGCUGACGGCCAGAAUGGCCACCGCGGAGGGGCUGCUGCGGGACUCCCAGGACCUGCAGGCGCUGGACCUGCUGGACAGGACGAUGGGCCGGGUGCGCCUGGCGAAGAUGGUCGAGUUCCUGCGGCUGCAGAUGCAGGAGGAGACCAAGUGCCGGCUGGCCGCCAUCUCCCGCAGCCUGGACCUGCUGGCCGCCCGGGGCCGGCUGUCCGCGCGGCAGAAGGAGGAGCUGCUGACCCAGCAGCACAAGGCCUUCUGGGAGGAGGCCGAGCGCUUCGGCAGGGAGUUCGUGCAGCGAGGCAAGGAGCUGGUCCAGGCGUCACAGGCCCGCCAGGCGGAGGGCACGGCGCGGCUCACGCAGGCCCAGGAGGAGGAGCGCAGGGCCUUCCUGGCGGAGGUGCCACCGACCGCCAACCCCCAGGAGCUCCUCCAGGCCUUCCACGGGGUCCUGGAGCGGCAGAGGGUGACGCGCAGAGACCUGGAGGAGGAGGAGGACUUCAGGGUUGCCGAGGCCGCGGCUGCACUCUGCCAGGAGCUGUACCGCGGCACCAUGGAGACGUUCCAGACGCUGAUGGACGGCCUGUUCCUGCAGACGCUCCCGGGCAUGGCGGGCCUCUCGCGGGCGCAGUGCGACUCGGUGCGGCAGGAGGCCCAGGAGGACGCCGCCCUGCAGCUGGGGCGCGCGGACCGCUUCCGCGGGCAGCAGUGGAGGCUGACCCAGGACCUCCUGGAGCGGGAACAGCAGGUGUGGACCGAGGAGCUCGCCCUGUCCGCCGUGCUGCAGGCACACCUGCGGGACCACCACCAGAGCGCCGUCCGCUGCGUGCUGGGCCGGCUCGGGGGCCUCAGUGAAGAGUCUGCGCGGGGCAUCCUGCAGGGCCACGAGCUGCUGCUGGGCUCCACCCUCCGGAGGCUGGCUCUCCGCGGCCACAGCGUCGCCGCGCUGGCGCAGAUGAGGCUGUCUGGCAAGAAGCGCCUGCUGCAGGAGCUGCGUGAGCAGCACGCCCUGGAGCAGGGCUCCUCCCAGUGCCUGGACGAGCACCAGUGGCAGCUGCUCGGAGCCCUGGAGGCCCGCGUGCUGGAGGAGACCGGCCGGCUGGAGGAGGAGGCGCAGCUCACGCGGCUGCAGCUGCAGCAGCAGCUCCUGGCCGAGGCGCAGGAGGUGGGCCGGCUGCUGCAGCAGCACACGGAGCGGGCCGUGGGGCAGGCACUGCUGGGGCACGCGCGGGCCGCCGCCACCAGGAGCCGGACCAAGGACCGGGAGGACUUCAAGAGGACGCUGCUGGAGGCGGCCGUGGAGAGCGUGUACGUGACCAGCACGGGCGUCGGCCGGCUGGUGCAGGCGUACGACCAGCAGGUCGGCAGGGCCAUGCGGGACCACACAGAGCGCAGGCUGGAGCGCCUGGAGGCCCUGCAGGGCGAGAGAAGGGACAGUUACAAGCUGCGGAAGAAGCAGGAACUCGGCGACCCUCCGCCGGAGGGCGAGGCGGCGGGGGGAACUCGGGAAGCAGCCGAAGGUGUCCACCAGAGGAUGCGGGCGCAGCAGAAACGGUUCCUGGCCCAGUUCACGGCCCACCAGCGCACCCGCCUGGAUGCGUGGCAGCAGCAGGCGCGGGGCCUGGACCUCCUGGAGGCCCAGCUGGAGGCGCAGCUGCAGGAGGCCGAGCAGAGCUUCAUCACCGAGCUGGCGGCCUUGGCCCGGGUGCCCCUUCCCGAAAGCAAGCCGUCUUCCAGUAAGCGGGGGCUGCCAGAGAAGCCGCUGAGGACCAAACGGAAGAAGCCUGGGCCCCGGGACCCCGGGGGGCCCAGCCAGGAGGAGCCUGCCCCCGGGGAGCACCCCUCAGGACCGCUCAGCCAGAGGCCCGGCCAGCCGGAGAGCGACACUGGGCCGGGGGAGGACCCCAGGAAGCUGCUGAAGAGGAGGAGCAACUUGUAGUUUAAGGCCUGUCCUCCGGGUGGAAUGGAAGGUCUGAGUGCCUCUGUGGCUCCGUCCUCGCUCGGUGCCUCCCGCCACGUGCCCUGCUGCCCAGCACCUGCCUCCCCUUCCCCCCCAGGCUCCCGUUCGCGCCCUCAGGCUCCGGGGAGGGCAGGGUGUGGCUGCUGUGUCCCGGGUGGGGGCUCGGCCCCCCCCCCCCCCCCCGCAUGUCCAUCCUGGACUCUGUCCUGGGAACCAUGGCCGCUGGCUGCCAUGGGGAUCUCACCUGGACCCAUUCCUGUCCUGGCUCAGCCCGCAGCCAAGGCCCGGCCACUGAGCGUGAGUCUCAGGGUCCCUGGACCCCAACACAGGUGCAGACUGCACCCCCUCCCUAGGAGUGUCCCGGAGUCACCGCUUUCCCAGGGGACGGUGAGGAUGCCCGAGGCGUCCAGACCGGCCAGGAGCGGUCUUCUCAGCCAAAGCCUGGGUUUCCCGUUGGGUGAGACCAUUCUUUUGGUGGCCGUCUGGGCGUCCCGGGGCUCUGGGAUCUGGGCCACAGUCAGGGGGUUUUCUGGACUGUUUACAACCUGAGUGUUUAUUUCUUAAAACCUGAGCUAGACCGUCUCAGGCAGGAGAGGGGCUCCUUAAAGUGACCCACACACUAAUGACGGGGUUUAACCGGCCUCAGCACCCGCCAGUCGACUGGUCAGCAGACCUGGUUCCCAAAGUCAGCCAACAGCGCCCUCUCGUGGCCAAGGAAAGCGUUUCCUUCUGUAGCCUCUGGAACACAGCUCCCUGGAGCAGCAGCACCUGAGACCCUGGUCCGCAGAGAAAUCACUCCUGUUCUCGUCCCUGGGUCGGCACAGCGGCCUCCGGCUGCUGGCUCCCAGCCUGCUGGCUCCCAGCCGGGACGGCUGAGUGGGUGACGAGGUCACGGGCAGGCGGCGUGCCGGCUGCCUCGCAUCCACCCUCCUGCCCGGCAAUCGGUUCACCUCCUGGCACGGCCUCCUUAGCCCCGGGGGUGUCACAGGUCACUCCCCGCGGACCCCCCGCGGACCCCCCGCGGGCCCCCCGCGGCUCGGGGCACGGAGUCUGAGAAAGCGUCACAGACGACACCCCAGGCGGGCCAGGGGCCCUUCCCUUUAUUUUCCACAAGCGCUGAAUUCAGAAAUAAGAGCCACGACAGGUCGGUCAUUAAGUAAAAAUGGGGGUGAUUACAAAGGAAAA